UCCUUGAUAUCUUAAUACACUUGGCACUGGCAAUUGUGAUGUGCUCAAAUCAUGAGUUUAUAAACAGAUUUAUCACAAAAAGGAGAAAAUAAAAACUAGCCAGAAGCGAAACAUUAUUAUAGAGAGCUUUCAAAAUUUGUUGACGUAUUAUUUUAGCAUGCCCUCCAAUAUACACUAUGUAAAUAAUCAAUAAAAAUUAUCCCAUCCAGUAUUAGUACAUCACUUACAGGAAGAAUCUCAAGCUGAUGGUAGCAUUUUCUACUUUUAGGACGAGGUUUAAAAAUACAGGUGAUAGGAGAGAGCCAUCAUUAUAUCCUCCAUUAUUUAUAUUAGAAUUGAGAAACUAUUUUAACCACUUCCUAGUGCAAAUAAUGGGUAUGAUCCAGUGAUUC